AUGAACAAUCCGUCAACAUCAACGACUUCAACAACUACACAGCAGGACCCCGUUAAGCAGAUGCGAAAAUGGAUCGCACAGCAGACAACACUCACUAUUGAGGAGAGAGAUACAGCCGUCAAAUAUCUCAAUCAACAUCACACAGACAUACUUUAUGACACUAGUGAUAAGAUCAAGUACAUCAGAGAGAACCUCCUUCAGCCAACGACACAGGUUGUCACCGACAUUAGAAAAUAUAGUCUUAAAGACAUUAAGUGCGCUGACUAUCCAUUUCUGUUGCGAGAUAACUACAAGAAGCUCGUAGUUGAGAACGCAUUCAAUAACUAUACACAUCGUGGAGGCGAUACAACUCAGAAGCACAAGUUCAUCUUUAUCACUGGCGACUCUGGCAUUGGAAAGACUCGAGCAGGAUUCGAAGCAUCACGCAUCAUUGACAUUGAGCCCAAGUACACUGAUACAGAGUUCAUCAAUGCAAUCAAGGACCCAGUCUACCUCUAUCUCAACCUCUCCAGUGGCUGCAAAUUCAACUACAUUCUGGACAGCCCGCACCUCCAGGAGGGGAUCGGACUUGGCGUUCGCGUUGCCUACUCCAGCGGCAUGUACGGGGAUCUGAACAAAAAGCCCUUCGACUCAAUCGACGAGAUCAUCAUGGGCGGAUACCAACACGAGCUCAGCUUUACGCGCGUCAUCGAGGACAUUUUCCAAGAGUACAUCACCCAACACAACCAUCGCGUCUCUCCAUCGGGAGGCGGAGGCAACUCUCUCAAGAACAUGCUCGCCAUCAUCGGACAAUACAUGCAGAGUCGCAAUCAUUGCUUCAUCAUCCCAAAAUGCACGGGCACCUCUGACAAUGGCGUUGACUUUAUGAAGUCUGGAUAUGGCAACACCUCGAUCAUUCUCAAGCCACUGACACUCAAGUCGUGUGAAAAGAUCAUCAAGAAGGUCUACGACAAGGAUUCACCUCAGGUCAGACUCCUUGACGACCUUUCAUUCCAGAUUGCCAUCUCUGACACUGGCUGCAUCCCAAAAGACUUGAACUACCUAUUGGACAAGGUAUAUUCGGAUGACUAUUCCGAACUGUGCUAUCGAGAUAUCUCUGCUCUCAACCGUGCACAGGAUCAAGAUCCUAAUGACCUGUACUUUCUUUGUUCAAGGGCCAUUGUCAACGCCCCGAUCACGUUGACCACCGUACUUCUAAGUGGCAAGACGAUCAAUGACAUGCGAAUCAGAGGCUUCAUCUACUUGGUCCCGCUCUCGGACAGCUCAGUGAAUGUGAAUGAAUCGGAAAACAUCACAGAGGUUCGAUUCUUCCGCAUCUACUUGUCUUUCUACAAUCUCAAAAGCUUCAACCUUAAGAGCAGUCCUCAAUGCUUCCCCGACGGCCUCCUUCUGCUGCCAACCAAGCUACUGCAAUGGCAAUGGCAACACUUUGAGAAGCUCUAUCCAUUCGUCCAACUUUGUCUAUUUGAUGCUAUUCAGCCCAAGACCAUCAAGUCGGUCUUCAGAGGUGUUGAGGGGCUUGACCAACUUAGCCACAGCGCCAUCACAGGAUAUCCAGACAGAGUCUUAGAAGAAUCUAAAAAAUCCGAUCGUUGGCUGACUUACACUCAUGGCAAUUACAAGCAUCAUUUGCAAACCUGCCGUGAUAUAGUGAUUUGCCAUCAGAAUGAGCCAAUCAUCGACCAUCGCUUUGCAGUCAAGCUCGGUGAGAAGACGGUCUUUGUGUUUAUUCAGGCCAAGCACUCAAAGCCCGAUGUCGAGGAUCCAAACUUGGACGACCCAUACAAGCUCAUGCUUGGGUCCAAGAAACUCUUUAAUCAAGUUGACACAGAGGUCCAAGAAGAUGGGAUCAACAACUCGGCGCUGGUCUAUCUUCUUGUCACCAACCGAUUGACUACAAACUGCGAUCUGAUUACAGAGUUCAACGACAGGAAGGCAGGCUGGCAGCUCAAUGACAGACAUUACUUUGUUUUAUACACUCUUCUUCUUUUAAAAAAGGUAUCUGUAUCAAUAAUCAAUGUAGAAUUGUAG